CGGCCUGAUUGGCUUGGAGCGGCCGCGGCAGGCCAGGCUCCCUCCUCGCGCUCAGGCGGUUUAUUGUCUCGCGGCUCCUAAGGCGGCUCUAGCGCGGCGGAAUCGGGACCGGACCUCGCACAGCAGCGGCGGAACCAUGGCUGGUGGCAAGGCUGGAAAGGACAGUGGAAAGGCCAAGGCGAAGGCAGUUUCUCGCUCACAAAGAGCAGGACUGCAGUUCCCAGUGGGUCGAAUCCACAGACACUUGAAGACUCGCACUACGAGUCAUGGGCGAGUUGGUGCUACUGCUGCAGUGUACAGUGCUGCAAUUCUUGAGUAUCUCACUGCUGAGGUGCUGGAAUUGGCAGGUAAUGCCUCCAAGGAUCUCAAAGUAAAGCGUAUCACUCCUCGUCACUUGCAGCUUGCUAUUCGUGGGGAUGAAGAGUUGGAUUCCCUUAUUAAAGCUACCAUUGCUGGUGGAGGUGUAAUCCCUCACAUCCAUAAGUCUCUGAUUGGAAAGAAGGGACAGCAGAAAACUGCAUAGAGAGGAGUUUUAACCAACCCUCUUCCUCCCUGUCAUUGUACUGUAACUGGGACAGAAGAAAUAUGGGGAUAUGUGGAAUUUUUUAAGAAAUAGUUAAAUGGAAGAGCAUAGACAAUUGACUGUAGACAUCAGAAAACAUUUGUAUGUUCUUUAGAUUCAAAGUUCGACAAAAAGUAUCUUGUCAUGUGGCAGCAAUUCGUGUGUUGAUUGGCUAGGUUUCUCCCGUGUGUUUUAUACAAAAAUGGAACUGAUAAACCAUUUUUUACAAAAUUUGCUCUCAUGUGGUGUUCAGGUGCAAAAAUCAUGUGGUAGACACUUCACAUCAUCUCUGUGAAGCUGGCUCCCUCAGACUCCACUGGACUAGGUAUACAGGCAAAAGCUCUUUCCCUCUUUAGAUCAGCCGCGUCCAUGACUACUUCACUUGGAUGGUUUGUAAUAUAACCUGUUGAAUGGCAUGGGCAGUCUUGGUAGCAAAUGAGUAAACUUUUAAUGGUGCGAAAAAAAAGAAUUGGCCUGUAGUAUAGGAAUCCCUUUAACAGUGAUAGCAUUUAUCUUUAAAGUAGUGACAACAUUGAUUUGCUACUUAAAUUUUAACUUACUAAAUGUUGCUGAAAAAUCAUUCUCUCACUUACCUGCCAAGAUCUGAAUUCAGGGUUCCAGUUGCUUUGCAAGAGCUGAGGACACCACAAGUAUCUACAAAAAGAAACUAUUUGACUUGUGUUUCUGAUAGCAGCUCUGCUAGCACUGCUGCUGACAGGUAAAUGGAGGGGCUGACUACAACGGUUAGAAUGCAUUUUCCAUUGUUAAGUGUCACUAAGUUGUCACUAGUAAAGAUCACAGAUACGUUUUCUAUUCAUUUAAAAUGUGCAGUUUGUGUGGAUUAACACAUGUCCUAGAGACCUGU